AGCAACAAGAUUAAUUCAUGUAAUUUGUCCAAUCGGGGAGAUGGUAGGCGGAGUUUAGUGGAGAGUCCGGGCUGUGUUUACUUCCGUCAAUAUUUCAAGCAAGAAAACCCAGAACAGACACGGAAAACCGACCACCCCCCCAAGUAGCAAAUACAAUGCCUUUCUUGGGCCAGGACUGGAGGUCCCCAGGGUGCAGCUGGACAAAGACAGAACACGGCUGGAAGAAGAUGGUCAUCUACGAGCUGGAAGACAGCAACAGAGAGAUAGACUUAAAUGACUUCCCCUGCGACAACUCUGAACAUCUGUUUGUUGAAGAUAUCUGUGAACUUGCCACCCCAAAAAGGAGGAAGGACUUCUACAACAACAACACUAAAUCCCAGUUUUCUUUCAGGGAUAAAUGGAUCUAUGUGCAGAAAGGCAGCACAAAAGAACGCCACGGGUACUGCACUCUCGGUGAAGCGCUAAACCGCCUGGACUUUUCCAGUGCCAUCCAUGACUUGAGACGAUUCAACUACGUGACAAAACUCUUCCAGUUGAUAGCCAGAUCCCAGCUGACGUCAUUGAGCGGAGCUGCACAGAAAAACUAUUUUAACAUUCUUGAGAAAAUUGUACGAAAGGUUGAAGAGGAUCAGUACAAUCCACGCCUUGUCAAGGAGCUCCUGCAGGAUCUCAGCUCCACGCUGCACAGUUUGACGCUCCACGUGGGGAGGUGCGUGCUGGUGGGCAACGUCAACAUCUGGCUGUAUCGUCUGGAGAACAUCCUCAAGUGGCAGCAGCAGCUCAGAGACUUACAGAUCCCCAAGCAAAUGUGCAAUGGCAUGUCGUUCAGCGACUUGCCGCUGCAUAUGCAGAACAAAAUCCUCUACAAUCUGUCUGACGCCUGUGACAUCAUCAACCUGGGACAGGCCACGCCUACACUGCACAUCCUUAGUGAGAACAGGAUACUGUGGAAGAAGCUAUGCCACUUCCAUUUCUCUGACAGACAGCCAUUCUCGAGAAAUUUGGCCUUGGCCAAGAGUCACAGCGUGGACUGGAAGCUGUUGUACUUCACCCUUCAGAAGCAAUACCCCGUGAAGGAGCAGUACGGAGACACUUUGCACUACUGCAAACAUUGUAGCAUCCUCUUUUGGAAGGAUCGGCUGGCAUUGUUAUUCAAGGACUGUGGCCACCCGUGCACCGCGGACGACCCGGACAGCUGCCUCAUGCCCGUCUCUCCGCAGCACUUUAUCGACCUCUUCCAGUUCUGAGUUAUUGGCCCACACCUGGGAGUGUACGAGAUCCUGAUGUUGUUUACUCAAGUACAAAGGGCUUUACUCAAGGUACAUUUAACUAUAGGUCUACGAGCUUUUUGGCACAAAUCUUUUUCACAAAGGCGACAGGGAAGAAAAGAAGAUACCAGUUUGUAGAAUUUUUUUAAAAAGCGACUCCAUUUUUGUACAAAUCUUAGGGAAACUCUGUUUGUGUUGCAUCUCAAUACAUUAGAAUAUCUUGCAAAAGUGCUGUUUAAAUCUCCAAAAAGAAAAAUAUUUGCAGUUUAUUUGUAAAGUAGUUUGCAAUAUUGAAAGUUUAGCCAAUUUUUCGAAUUUUUUAUUAGCGCUCGGCCAAGGGUCCCAAAACUCGGUGGCCGCAUUAGGUUAACAAAAUUGGGCUGGAUGUGUAUAUAUAUAUAUAUAUAUAUAUAUAUAUAUAUAUAUAU